AUGGAUGUCCUCUUUGUAGCCAUCCUUGCUGUGCCACUUAUCCUGGGACAAAAACUUGAGGACGAAGAAGAACUGGAAGAGGAUGACUAUUAUCAGGUGAUUUAUGAGUACACUGUCACCCCCCAUUAUGAUGAUUUUGUUGUAAAUUUCACCAUUGAUUACUCCAUGUUUGAGUCAGAAGACAGGCUGGUCAGUUUGGAUAAGGAGGUAACAGAAGCAGCAGAAACAACCACUAAUCUUGAGACAGACAGUACAACCCAUCCUGUAGAACUUCAGAAGCCUGUAACAAUGAAACCUAUGACAAUGGAACCAAGUCCAGAUACGAAUGAUGCUGUAUCCAACCUGCAGAGUCCUGUUUUCCUCAUCCUGUCCUGGGCCCUCAUUCAAGGAGGGAUGUAUUUCAUGUAG